AAUAGAAAAUUUUGGAGAAUUAAAAAUUCCAUUAAAAUUUUUUAAAAUUUAAAAAUCAAAAUAAAAUUUGAAACAAACUUACAUAGUGUUAACCCAAGAAAGAAUGAAAACUUCUCUGUUUUUUUGUGUUUAGAUCAAAGGCCGACACGAUGGCUAGAAAAAGCCUUUCGAUUAGUUCGACUCUGUCUCACUGAUCUUCCAUCAAUGACUUCUUGAUAGGUUUUAUGAAUUGAUGAAACGGAAAAGAAAAGAAAACGAGGAACGGAAGAUCUUACCUGAAUUCAUGUGGAUUAGGAACAUUGCUUGAGAGCUAUUGACCGGGAAGCUUAUCAGUUAUCAGAUCAUAUGAAGUGCUCACUCUGUUGGCGAGGUUCUCUGGCAGUUGAUUUACAUGCACUCUUACCAAGCAGAUUUCUCAGAGGAUUAAUUGAGGUGAGUGAGGAGACACUGAAUUCUGCGACUAAAACUGUUUGUUUGUUAUCAAAAUCAACCUGCAAGCUGGGAAACAGAGAACAAAGACUACUAUGGCUGAGGGCAAUGAGUUUCCUGAGCUUAAAUUCCACAUUUAUGUUGGGACAGAUGUAUCACACAGUACUUACACAUCAUCCAUGACUGUUGCAAUGCUUAAGCAAAAGAUUGUUGCUGAGUGCCCCCAAGACAAAACAGUCAUACCAAAGGCAAUAAAUGAUUUGAAACUUAUACAUGCUGGUAAAGUUCUGGAAAACAACAAAAAGCUUGCUGAUUCCAAGAUAACAUUUGGUGGCCUUCCUGUUGGUGUUAUUACCAUGCAUGUAGUAGUGCAGCCUGCUAUAGCAAAAAAUAAGACAGAAAAGAGCAAGGAGGAGAUGCAGAAGCUGAAUUCAUGCGGGUAUGUUAUCCUAUAAUCCAUAAACAAGCUCCAUAGUUGUCAACUUGUCAUCGGAAAAAGAUCUACUUCUUCACAUUUAUACUUUAGUUUGUAUUAGUCCCAUUUUUGCAUUUGAAAUGGUGUUCAUCUGCAUACUGGCUGCCCUGUUACUGUGAUUGCUCGAGUUACGUCGUUCCUUCUUAAUACAACAAAUAAUAAUAAGCAUAAAA